AUGCACCAUGCUAUGCCUUCUGGUCUUGAAAUAGGAACCGUUGCCAAGUCAAGAACAUUGACUUUGCUUAUAUUUGCCGUAGAAGUGUUUUCCAUGGUUUCAACCUUGCGUAAGAGGUUCUGUUUGGUGAAGACUUAGUCAAAUCGAGGAAACUUUUGACGGAAGCUUUUCAACUUUAAAAAUGUUGACUAAUCUGUGUGACCUGUAACUUAGUGUUAAUCACCUCACAACUGUUCAGAUCCGCCGUUAAUAGAGUACCAAAUUGAAUCUUAAAACUCAUUUACCAAACCCUUCUCUGUUUACAAUGGAAAUAUGAGCCAAUAUAAUUUCACGAAUUAUCUUUUCAGUUGAAGAACAAAAGGUGCUAUUAUUGAGACUCAUAGGAUUUGCCGGCUGUGCUCUUUUUCAUUUGAAAGUUUAACUUUUUUCUGCUACCCAGGGAUCACCAACAAGGAUCAUGAAAUGAACCAUAGAUUAAGCUCACUUUUCUUUGUUUUUCAGAGAGGGAAGAAAUGAAAGAAAUUGUCAGACUUUUACCAAGUAAGAUUCAAUGGUUUUCAAUGGAUUAGCAUAUUUGACAUUUAAAAAUGAGAUUAUUUUCUUUUGAUUUCUAUUCGUGGUAGUUGAUGAAGGCAGAGCCUCAAUCAAUUCUUGUGAAAAGAAAUCAAAAGUGAAAUACAAUAUCUGGUUGUUUUACCUUUAGUCUCCUACAUGUAAUAGUUCAAAACUUAAAAAAAAGGACACACUUAUAGUUUAUUUGAUUAAUGAUACAAGCAAGUUAAACCAGGUGGUACUCAUUUGGCGCAUUUUCCACUUAUGACUAAAGUAGCUCAGUUAAUCACCUUGCAGCAUUUGUGAUAGAACAUUUGAAGAUCUACAUUACAUUCUUAUUGAAGGUACAUGAAGUUCCUUGUCACAACUAGUAUAUACAUAUACAUUGAACAAUGUUCAGUAAAUAAGACAAGAGGAGGAUAGAACACAAAUGUAUUUGACACUGGCUUGAUUUCUAGUUCGCUGGUAGACAGUUUUGUUUUCAGUCACUCAGACGAGGAAUGUUGGGAUCUACCUGUAAGGGACGGCAACAGCAACAAAAACGUACCACAAAGUCUUGUGAGUUUUUCAAGUACUGAUGUGGCUGCUCGGGGACUGGAUAUACUGGAAGUGGACUACAUUGUUCAGUUUGACCCUCUUAAUGACCCCAAGGUAAUUUAAGAAUGUAGUCUCAAUAAAAGGGCAAAAACGUUUUCAUUUUUGCAAUGUCCUCGUACAUCAUAAGGAUUGAUGGUACAGUACAGACUCAGAGGAAAGAAGAAGAGUUCCUAUGACUGAAGAUUGUUUGCACUUCUUCGCAUGUGAUUUCUCUUCACAACGACUUUACAGUAUCUUUCUGUGAACUGGUGUGUUUUUGUCUGCCAGGAGUAUAUUCACAGCUGGAGAAACUGAUAGAAAAGAACCACUACCUCCAUAAAUCGGCUCGGGAAGCCUACAGAUCGUAUUUACAGGCGUACGCCUCGCAUCAACACAAGAGUAUCUUUAACGUGAACGCUCUCGACCUUCAAAGAGUAGCUCCUGCCUUUGGCUUUGUGUCCCUCCGCGAGUGAAUCUAAGUAUCCUUUUAUCACCAUCAAAACUCUCCUUAACAUAUCCCUCAAGGCCUUUAUUGUUUAAUUCGGGUGAGGUUAGUGUUCUAGGCCAGUAAAAAGGUCCUCACAGGGACUUGGGACUUUUUCUUUGUCCCAUCCUUGUGAUAAGAAGAAAAUCCAUCUUCCUCGAUUGCAUCAC